AUGACUUUCAUGCCAGACUCACCUCGUCAGCUUAUCCGGCAUGGCAAGAUCGAGCAAGCUCGCAAAGAAUUCUCAAAGAUCAGACGGGACUUGCAGUCGCAUGAAGCACAGGAGGAGUUUGCGCUCAUGCGGGCGCAGAUUGAGUAUGAGAUGGAGCGAGAGGUUACUUCGUAUUCAGAGAUCUUUCGAUUGUACAGACAUCGAGCGUUGGUUUGCAUUGCUGUGCAGACUAUGACCAGUCUGACGGGAGUCAAUGUUAUUCAAUACUAUCAAACCAUCUUGUUCGAAUCGCUCGGCAUCAGCUCGCAUGCGAUCUUGGCUCUGGCUGGCGCAUACGGCACCAUCGCCUUCUCGACAAACGUCCUGACCACAGUCUUGUUGACCGAUCAGUGGGGACGCAGGAAGAUGAUCCUGUUCGGAUUGGGUGGCGUGAUCGGGAUAGAGAUCUAUGCAGCUAUUAUGCAGAUGGAGUUCCAGAACACCAACAAUCGGGUUGGCAAGGGAUUUGCUAUCCUUGGGAUAUACCUGUUUUGCUGCACCUACUACGGGCUUCUGAACAGCACGACAUGGCUGUACGGCGCAGAGGUUGUGCCACUGCCCCUUCGAUCGAAGUUGAUGGGCCUGGCUGCUGCCAGCCACUUCAUUGUCAAUGUCGCACUCACCGAAGCCGGACCAAUCGCCUUCGCUACCAUUGAGCAGAAUUACUACUACGUCUUCGUAGGCUGCACUUUGUUCUUCUUGGUGUGUGCUUAUGUGUGGUUCCCAGAGACACGAAAUAAAAACCUCGAAGAGAUCGCCGCAGCGUUCGGUGAUAAGGUGGUGGAGCUCACGGAGAACGAUGUUGCCACCGCGAACGCUGUAUUCGAUGAGAAGACGAAGAUGGAUCACAAGGAUGAGUUGUGA